GGACUGUAUGUUGCUCUUGAUGUGAUGAUAUCCUGAAAUUCUACAAUGUCUCUACAAGCAAUGGAUAUCGUUUUGAUAUGCAUAGGCUCCGUUGUGAUAUUCCUAGUUUUUUCUGCUUUUCUGCUAUAUUUAUUCAUUAAGUGGCAACAGACAAAGAGGCAACAGAAGCCGAUAGCAGCGCAAAAUGUCGCCAAGAACUACAAUCUGGAUCGACCACCUUCGAUUAAAAUUUCGUCAAGAACCAGUGCGACUCAAACAACCGUCACUAUGAGCUCAUUUCUUGAGACAUACCUGAGUAAUGACGAAACUCAAGAGCGAUGGAAAGCCGAAUCCGGACAAAGAGAGCUGCCAGUGCCAAUCACUACAUUGGGCUUGCGAAGAACACGAGAUGAAAACCAAUCGGGAUUUUAUGAGGAGUUAUAUUGAUACAAAUUCUAUGAGUAAAUAACCUCCCGAAUGAAGAAGACUAGUUAAUUUGCAUAUUGCACAACAUACUUGACGGC